AUUACAUUACGUCUGUCUGCACAAGAUGCGAAAAGAAUGGCGAAACGUGCAUUCGAGCAGCCGGCCGCAUCAAGUUCAGGCACGGCUCUAGUGCGCGAUAUGACACGAAAGGCUUCCCUGCCAGUCAGACCUGGCUGCAGCCGGAUGAAUCAUUCGGUGGCUUGCCCAGACACUUUGCAUGCCUGGAUUUGAUGUUCUGACUCACGUUAUAGCAAAUUUGAGAUACAUCGACGAAACUGCAGAGGUAGCAGCCGUCUAUGCCCAAGACGAAUAUGGAGGUGACAUAGAUGAAGAGCAAGAGCAACAGCAACAGCAAGAAUGGGUCUCUGAACCAAACCCAAUAACCGAGCCUCGAACGGAGGUGGACGAUAUCUCAGGUUCUGAUGGUUCAAAUGAGGACUUUCAGCCUCAACCAACAUCUGAACAUGCUGCUCAACAGGCUAGCUUUCAGGUCGAAUCCACGAUGGAUCCCGAAGAUUUACACGAUGAUGGGCCCCCGGCCGAGUUCACCCAUGUCUCGGCGGCUUCAUUCGACACUGCUGGACCACUUUCCACCCACAGCACGGGUUUUGGAGGAGACAUACUAUGGCAAUCACCCACGGCAAAUCGCCGCGUAUCUAAAGAGACACCUCAGUCUCAAGGUGGGCUCUUCUGGGGUUCUCAAAUCAUAUCAUCUCCCAGCUCAAGCGCCAUCGGGACCUCCUUCGCCGGCAGCCUCGUCAAGUCUCCAUCCAACCUGACCUUUCAAUCCACAGAAUCCAAACUGGAAGUGGUGCUGUUGAGAUAUUUCAUCGACGUACUGGGAUGUUGGUUCGAUAUCUGUGAUCCUGAAAGGCAUUUCGCCGGCAUUGUACCCCAUCGUGCACGUUGGUGUCCGCCAUUAAAGAACGCCAUUAUGGCAGCGUCCGCGCGGCACUUGACUAGUGUACAAAAGUCCAGUGCUGACCAUGUCUACUUCUACGACGGCGAAGUCGUGCCGGAUCUCAACGACGAAACCGCCCUGCACUACCAUAGCGAAUGCAUCAAAGACCUGCUCAAACGGAGUAUGAGCCCGGAGCAGACGCACGAUGCUAGCCUACUGGCUGCAGUCAUCAUAUUGCGUUUCUACGAAGAGAUUGACGCUCCUUUGCGAGAGGAGGAUCGUGACAGUGAACUCUUUCUACGUGUCAUGAACGUCUUCAUCGACGCCCAGAUACCCUCCGUGCCACUUGUCCCGCACAGCUCCCCAGUGAUCACGGGUCCGAAGGUGGGAUCGGCAGAUCAAAUCGAUACGAUGAGAUCUCCCCAGGCGAUGCAAUCGUCCACCAGUGCAUCGGAUCCUUCGACGUGGCGUGCUGAUGGACUAUGCCAGGCUGCGUUCUGGGUGGCCUUCCGGCAGGAGAUCCACAGUGCUUUCCUGAAACAGCGAGCAUUCAACCUAGCGCUGUCACGGUGCGAGGCCUUCCGGAGCUUCUCGCCCGCAGAAGACGCCGUCUGGGCUGACCGGCUCAUCAUCUUCUGCGCGGACGUGCUUGAAUUCUGCUACGGAAACUCUACGAACCACUCUUCGCGGCAGCACGAGUCGUCCUCAAUAUCCAAGGAGCGAUGGCUCAGCCUGAAACAGUACGAACAAAUGUGGAGCGAAGUCCUGCCCGCCAGCUUUGAGCCUAUCUACUUCCGCGAUCCAGAUCGCGCCAAGGGCGAAGUGUUCCCCCAAAUCUGCUACAUGGCCGACUGCCACGUCGCUGGUGUGCAACACGUGGAGCUCGCGCGCAUCCUUCUCGCUGUCUAUGACCCGACUGCGCCCAAACUGGGGCCGGGGUAUCUCGCCAGAAUGCGCAAAUUGACUACGGAACUGAAAAGCGCGGUGUUACGUCUAUGUGGCAUCGCCGAGAGUAAUCGCAAAUGUCCGCCUGCAAAGGUCACGGCAUUCUUGGGGGUCGCCAUGUGUGGAGACCGGUUUGAGGAUCCGCUUGAACAGCAGGCUUUGCUUGGAAUGUUGGACGAGUUGGAGACGGGGAACGCCUGGCCUGCAGGAAAUUUAAGGCAGACAUUGAGGGAGGCUUGGGGUCAAGUUUCAUGAUACAGGUCGUAUACGAAAGAAUGACUGUACAGUAUCGCUGCAUAAAUAUCAUGCGAAGGAUGCAGCUUCAAUUC